AUGGUCGUUCGCAAAUCACUCGAUGAGAGUGCGCGAAGUUCGACACGAUCCCUUGCCAGAAGUUUUUCGAAACGAUGGAAAUUCUCAAGACUCACUGAUCGUCUUCACUGGAAUGGACGGAGGGCUGUUUCAACUGUGGAAGCACCAUCGAGAUCAUUCUUUCAUUCUGAAUUCGCAAUCAAUGACCUUGAACAAGGUAGUCAUCGUAGACGGAAAAAUGCACUAUCCUCAAGGCCUGGAAGGAAGUCAGCAUCGAACAUGGUCAGGCAAGCAUCAGCAAUGGCAGUGCUUGACGGACAUACAAACGGCGGAAUCAGUGCAAUAUAUGAUCCAUCGAUUGCGUUCUAUUCUUCACAACCAUGCUCACGGCGUCAGUCGAGAGCUACAAUACCUUCGCCGUACCCUACUCCACCACAUUCGCGUCGUCAUUCCAGAGAGGGUUUGCGUCAUUUAUCGCAAGAUGUACCGUUACAAAGACCGACUAGGCUCGGUUCAUUUCACGGUCAAUUGAGCACAGAACUCCAUAGUUCGCAAACACCCAUGAAAGUCCUUAGCACAGUUGAAGAGGAGGAUCCAACCAAUCUGACCAUAAACAAUCCUGAAGAAAUGAAACGAGCAACUCUACGCGAUUUGGGAAUGUCGUUGCCAUCUGUUCUCAGCAGCGAGGUAAAUGCAAUAUGUUUUUGA